CCAGCCAAUCCCUUCCCUUCUCUGCCUUCGCGCUCGCCUCCGCGACGCCCUCGAGAUCAAACCCUAGCCUUUGUUAGGAUUAAUCUUGUUAUUUUAACAUUAUUGAGUUGUGUGAGUGUAUGCGUGAGUUAGUGUGAUUAGCGAUAGCCAUGAGCUGGGUGUAUUUGUUAGUGAUUGCAUGCAGCCGGUGAGUGUUGGCUUGGAGGGGCAGCCAAGGCAAGUCAUGGCGUGAGUAGAUCAGCUAGCUAGCAUGCAUGCAUGUGUGUGUUAGUGUUCUAUAUGCAAGGAGUUGUGGCUGCAUGUAUGGAGACGUGAUUAGUGGGUGAAUUAGUCAUGGAGUGAGUGGCUGGUUGUGCGGUCAACAUGGCUAGUGUGCUGCUGUGCGUGUGUGCUAUUUAAAGCGUGUAAUCAAUGUGUGAUUAACCCGUGGAGAAUAGAAGGAGAAGUGUGUGGUGGUUCACUGGUGUGCAGUGACCAGAAAAAUCUCUAGUCUCAUUGUUUCCUUGUGUAUUGCUUCCUCCUCCUCCAUCAGUGUGUUUCUUUGUGUGUGUUUCAUCGAGUGAGAAAGAGAGAGUUGUGUGCAAGUGAGUAGCUGGCCAUCAGCCUUCUUCCCUCGCUCGCUGUCGUCUCCUCCCACCAGAGCACGGAUGUCGUCACCACCGCUGGCCACGCUGUUCGUCGCCGCCGACGGCGUGUCCCACCCCGCGCCGGAGGGCGCCACCGUGCCGCCGUCCGUCUCCCCCGACCGCGCUGACGGGCAGCCCUCCCCACCGCCGCCACCCCCGCUGUCGACGUGGGUCAUCCUGGGCAGCAUCCCGCGCGUGAGCGCCGCGGAUGGAGAGGGCGGGCUGCCCGAGGGCGCCGACCUCUCCGUCGCGCUCGCGGCGCCCCCGCGCGUCGCGAUCCUCACCAUCUCCCCGCAAGUCUUCCCGGAGCCCCCCACUCCCCGCUUCUUCCCGUUCAUCCUCGCCGCCGACCCCUCGGGUCUCCUCCUCCUCCAGGCCAACCUGGGCUGCCCCCUGAGCCACGAGGUCGUCGACGGCCCGCGCCGCCAGUCGUUCCAGUGGCGCGACACCGCCUCGCGCUACUUCGUCCUCAACGCCAUCACCGCCUCGGUGUUCCGCCUUCCGGACCCCGAGGAACCCAUCCUGCACCAGGCCCUCCUCGGCCUGAUCGCCUCCCCUCGCGGCGGUGGCCACUACAUGGUCGCCGAGCUCCAGCCCUUCAUCGGCUGCGACGAGGGCACCCUCCUCUGCUUCUCGUCCGAGGUUGGGGAGUGGGUCGAGAAGAGCAUCCAUUACCCGCUCCCGCCCCGCCCGUUGGCCCCCAUCUGCGUGAUCUCGCAUCACGGAAGGCUCUGGUGGGUCGAUCUCACCUGGGGCGUCAUCACCAGCGACCCCUUCGCCGACAAGCCGGUGCUGGGCUUCGUCCCGUUCCCGCCGGACAAGGUGCUGCAGUGCAGGGAAGCUUGGGGAGUGACCGACAAGUACCGCUACGUGGGCGUUAGUGCUGGCAAGCUGCGAUUCGUGGACAUGUACACCCGUGCUCGCCACGACGCUGUUCGUAAGGUUAGCGUGUGGACGCUGGCAGAUCCGGACUCCACGGAAUGGACGCUCGAGCACGAGGCGAGGUUCGGGGAGAUCUGGGCCGAUAAGAGCUACAAGGCGACUGGUCUGUCGAAGAUGAUCCCCGUGCUCGCGCUCAUCCACCCCGAGAACCCCAACGUGGUGUACUUCUACCUGGAGGAGCACCUGUUCGGUGUCGACUUGCGCGCCCGCAAGGUUGUGGAGUGCGAUGCCUACAAGCUGGUCGCGCCGCCGAGCUACUGCAUUGCCAAUCGCUUCACUCGCGCUUGGGAGCUGCCACGGGCGCUCUCCUCAGGGAUGGCCAAUUGGUCUAAUGCUAUCAACCUGGCUGAAAAGGGUAAAGCUCGAUCAUCCCGGCGAUCUGUUAAGAAGAGUAGCAGGAUGAUGGGCUCGCCAGGGGAUUAUCACUUGGUGGGACUCACCAGGCAGACAUUCAUUGGAUGAUCGGAGGAACAUGGAGCAAGAGGUUAGGGCUAACUGUAUCCUAGGUUUAGUACUGGACUGAAAUUAUGGAGUUGGGCGUGGGACAUGAACAUGUUGUUGGCAUGUUUUGGCUCUCACUGGGUGCUUCAUGCACAUUAACUUAAACAUGUUCUUUUUUGUGAAUCAGAUGGCCAAAUGUCAACGAAUAAUGUUGGUUGAUUUAGCUGUAAUGAUGUAUCCCUCCUUGGAUUGAACGCUGUACUUGGCGUGAUGCUGCUUCAGACUUUUCGAGACUUGAGAGUCAAUUCAGUGGUCUACUGCUCCUUCACUUGUGUGCAUUUGGUGAUUGGUGUUCCCUCCUAUGCAUUGUUUGCUGAUCUAGAUCUUCACCUGUGGGACAAUUAGAACGAAAUGUGCUCCCAUGCUUUGUCCAGUGGUCAGGUCAGCCUGCACACGUGGGAAAAUGUGCUGAAUUUUUCAAAAGCGUGAAAAUUCAUUAUCACUUUCAACUCAGACAGGACUGUUUUUCCUUUC